AAAACUGGCGAAGUGACAAGUUGUCUACGGAAACGUAAAAAAAAAAAAAUUACUUUUGAUUUUCUAACGGCGUUGUUAGCGUUAACAGUUGAGCAAAUUAAAAAGCUUGAUCUAGUACCAUGGAUGACAGCAGCGAACUCUCCACCUACACCGAUUCGGAGAUGGAGAGGCCCUUUUUGACUCGCGAGAUCACCAAAGCCUUGAGGGUGGAGCUGCAGCGUCGCCUCCAGGAGUGCGGCUGGCGCGACAAAGUCCGCAAGAUGAUACGCGAAGUACUCGACGAUCGCGGCGUGAACAGAGUCAGCUACGAGGACAUCGCCGCUGAGGUAAUGCCGAGGGCACGUAUGAUGGUGCCCAGUCGCGUACUCCGCGAGAUGCACGUAACCAUGCGCGCCCUCAUUGAACCCAAGGACAAAUAGAGAGCG